AUGUCAGAAGCGCUCGCCGACGAAAUAGAAGCCAUCAAUUCCAUAUACGGGGACAACACGCUCACCCCCUCGUCUCAGGACCAAGACUCAUCCAUCUUCAUCCUCACUCUUCCUGGGGAAACUGCUUCUUUACGACUGCAGUUCCCUCAGACAUACCCAGACGUACCUCUCACAGUCCUCGGAACCCAUAGUUCCGGUUCCGCAGGAAAACACGGGGCUGCCGCAAGGGAUCUGGCCCUCUUCCGGGAUGCGGUCAGCGAGGUGUACGAACCGGGGCAAGUAUGCUUGUUCGACGCCAUAGAGAAAGUCCAGGAAUUGUUAUCAGCCGUCAAAGAGGGCGAAGGAGAGGAUGAGGUCCCGGCUUCCCCUGCGAGCGAUGACACCCCUACUCUCAACACUUCAACGGAACCCAGCGCCGGUGACCUGGGACCAGCACCUCCCUGGGUUCUUUCCAUCCCCUUCAUAGAAAACAAAUCCACCUUCGUCGCCCGCUAUGCGCCCGUCACAUCUCCCACCCAGGCAGCCACCUUCCUCGCCCAUCUUCUCGCGUCAGAUAAGCGAGUCCGCACGGCAACGCACAACAUCACGGCCUGGCGCAUACGGGGCCCGAACGGAGCCAGCUUCCAGGAUUGCGACGACGAUGGAGAGACGGCGGCCGGCGGGCGGCUGUUGCAUCUCAUGCAGCUUAUGGACCUGUGGGAUGCCAUGGUCGUCGUGACGCGCUGGUACGGGGGGCAGAAGCUGGGCCCGCGCCGGUUUGCGCUCAUAAACCAGACCGCGAGGGACGCAUUCGUGCGGGCGGGGUUGGUGAAGGAGGAGGUUCCGGCUGGGGGCGGGAAGAAGAAAGGGGGAAAGUGA